AUAAAUGUCAUAGGUGAAUUUCACGGCUGCCCUCGUUAACUGUUUUCCUAUAAAGUUCCAUAUUCGCGCGCCAAUCCAAUUUCGUCAGUCUUCAAUCUUCUCAGCUUCUGUGUAAAUAUCAGAUUCUAUUUGCUUUUCGCAAUUGGGUUUGACCAGAAUUCUGGUGUCAUUCAAGAAUGGACAAUGAAUCAGUGAUCGAGUUCUUGGGCUGCGUGCCUUUGCUGCAGAGGCUUCCCAGCUCUUCUCUCAAGAGGAUUGCCCAAGUUGUUACCGUCAAACACUAUGAUCGUGGAGAUUAUGUUGUCCGCGAAGGAGAACCUGGGGAUGGAGUUUAUUUCAUAUGGGAUGGAGAGGCUGAAGUCUCUGGCUCGGUUCAUACUGAAGAUGAAAAUCGUCCUGAAUUUCAGUUGAAACGUUAUGACUUUUUUGGUCAUGGUACUCUAUUAUCUGAUCAACAUGCAGAAGUGAUUGCCUUGUCAAAGCUUACCUGCUUGGUGCUUCCUCAUGAGCAUGGUAAUCUGCUGCAGACUAAAUCAAUCUGGAGUGCAGAUAAAGCAAUAGAAAAUUGUCCACUUGUGGAGCAUGUAUUACAUUUGGAUCCCAUCGAAGUGAACAUCUUUCGAGGGAUCACCUUACCUGAUGCUCCAAAAUUUGGGAAAGUAUUUGGAGGCCAGUUUAUUGGACAGGCACUUGCUGCAGCAACAAAAACAGUGGACUGUCUCAAGGUUGUUCAUAGUUUGCAUGCUUACUUCCUUCUUAUCGGAGAUUUGGAUAUCCCAAUUAUAUAUCAUGUUCACCGUGUACGUGAUGGGAAGAGCUUUGCUACUCGAAGGGUAGAUGCAAUUCAACAUGGAAAUGUGGUGUUUAUAUUGGUUGCUUCAUUUCAGAAAGAACAAGAAGGCUUUGACCACCAGGAAGCAGAAAUGCCUUCUGUUCCCGAUCCAGAUGUGCUUUUAUCAAUGGAAGAGUUACGAGAGAGGCGUCUAACUGAUCCCCGCCUUCCAAGGACUUACCGGAACAAGGUUGCGACAUCGACGUUUACGCCUUGGCCAAUAGAGAUUCGGUUUUGCGAGCCAAACACUAACACCAACCAAGACAGGUCUCCUCCAAGUUUGAAGUACUGGUUUAGAGCAAGAGGAAGACUUUCAGAUGACCAGGGUCUGCAUCGAUGUGUAGCUGCCUAUGCAUCGGAUCUUAUAUUUCUCAAUGUGAGUCUAAAUCCUCAUCGUGAAAGGGGUUUGAAGACAACGGCUAUUAGUCUGGACCAUUCGAUGUGGUUUCACAGACCUUUUAGAGCUGAUGAUUGGUUAUUGUUUGUUAGCCAAAGCCCUAACGCUUCUAAUGCACGUGGCUUUGUUUCCGGCCAGAUGUUUACCAGAGAUGGAAAGUUGGCUGUAUCCUUGACACAAGAGGGGCUAUUAAGGGGGGCCGCCAAAACUCCAAAAUCUGCUAUCAAGUCGAAGCUUUAAUGCAGUCCCACAUCUCCAGACGACGUACUUGUUUUUAUGUUAUGCAUGUCGACUCUCAAAUCGGGUUUUCUGACCAACAACAUUUCAAGGGACAUAACAGCGGAGCUGCAGGAAAAUGUCAAUUAAGGACUGCAUAUUUGAAGUACCAGACGUUGAAACACCUAGUCGAUCCUCUCACUCUUUUGCCUCGUAGCUCUGUACCGGUGUCUUUUAUUACUUGUGAAUUUACAGAAUAAACUUAUUAAUAAUAACUGGUUGUUCGUUCAGUAAAAAGUCUUCAAGAACCAUGCGAGGUUCUUUACAAUAAAAAGUGGCGUGCUAGAGUUCAGGCUCUGGAGACUGUUUGUUUCAGUACUAGUGUAUGGCAGUCCCGAAGGAGAUUUAUCUGUAAAGCAAGCAGAUUUUACAGCUUCCCUCAAGAAGCAGGAGCUUAACAGGCAAAGCUUUUUGUAGUUCCUGGUUUUGCAGAAGAUUCCAUUUACUUAGCUCCUAUCUUUGAGCAUACUUCUUUGUAGUUGUGUUCUACUUCUGCAUAGAGCAGCUCCGACUAGGCUGAUGGAGGGAGCUCAUUCUGUAAACUGCAUUAUUUUAUCGGCAAUGGAGGCUCUGUCUGUAUUUUCCAAGUAGCACAUUUGCCGCAGUUCUAAUAAAGAUGCUUGAAAUUUUUGUUCUUCUUA